UGUUAUAUUUAAAAAUUUAUACAAAAAUAUCACCUCUUGGAUUAUAUAUAUAUAUGUGUGUGUGUUUUUUUUUUUUUUUUUUUUUUUUUUAGUGUCAAACUGAUCAUGCUUUUGGUAAAGCAUAUUCCAAGAACCAGACAACUAAAAAAGUUAAUUGUCCAGCUGUAAUUAAUGUUACCCGAAUGUACAGGAUGCCUCAGUUCAAGGUAGUGCCAACCCGAAAAAGAAAGAUUAUGAUAUCUCGGAAAAUUAAGGAAAAACUAGCCAAUAAAGAUAGUAUUGCUGGUGAAGAAGUUUUCAUGUUUAAUUUACCUAAUAGCCAAGAUCAUCAAAAUCAUCUAAUGGGUAACAUGGCUGCAGUAAUAGAACCUAUAGAUGCUAGAGUGCGGCAUUUCAUAGCUUCUAAAGUUAAGAAUGGAAAAUGCAAUGCCACUGUAAUUGCAGAGCUAUUAGAAGUAUACGUUUCAACUGAAUUGGGAGAAACUGAUAAAAACGCGCAGACGAUUUUAUCCAGAAAUGGAGGCAAUAAGGAAAAUAAUAAGCCAAGCAAAAUCCGAUAUUAG